GGAGAAACUGGUGAAUGGGAAGAAUCGAAUGGCAUCCUGACUUCGGACAACAGAACCAGCUGGCAAGUGAUAGGUCUACAACCAUACACUGUUUACUCAUUUCGAGUAGUUGCUGUCAAUACAAUUGGAGCUUCUCGACCAAGCAAAGAAUCUUACUACAUGGUAACACUUCGUGAAGUGCCUGAUGGGAAGCCCAACAUUACUUAUGCGCAUAACACCAGCAGUAGUUCUAUACUUCUGCAGUGGGCCGCACCACCUCGACAUACACUACAUGGUGAGUUCCUCGGCUAUCGUAUCACCUACCGUCUGAGAGAAAGAGCUCGAGGAGAAAGAGAAGUAAUAUUAAGAGAUCCCCAGGCUACGGAAUAUAUAAUACGUGGUUUGAAUGCAUUUUCCCAGUAUUUAAUUUCAGUGCAAGUAUUCAAUCCUGCUGGCCGUGGACCAGCUGCCACUGUGGCAAUUAUGACUGAUGAAGGAGCUCCCAGUCGCCCAAGGAAUUUAACUGCCAUUCGUAUCACUAAUAACUCUAUUAAACUGAGAUGGCUUGAUCCUGAACAUGCAAAUGGCAUAAUUCAAGGAUACAGUAUAUAUUACUUAGAUGUGGACCCUAAUCACACUGAAAGCAAAAAAGUAGAUAAUCCUAUGCCGAUGAUGGAAUAUGUACUUAACCACUUAAAGCCAUAUACGCAAUACAAAAUAUGGGUUAAAGCUUAUACUGGAAAAAAUGAAGGACUAGCGAGUAACAGCUUGGAAAUUAUUACAGAUGUCCAAAGUCCCAGUGCUCCUAUUAUCACAAACCUGACCUGUCAGUCAGUUGAUAGUAUAUACAUCCAGUGGGAUCGACCAAAAGUUGUCUACCACAGAAUUGAUUAUUAUUUUAUUUCUUACCGUUCUGAAAAUACACUGGAAUUUGAAGAAAUAUCUAUAUCUUCAUCACAGGAAAGGCAAAGUCAUAUGAUGACAAUAUCCAAUUUAACGUCGAAUAUGAUGUACGAAGUUAAAGUUCGAGGAGCCAGUAGAAGUGUUGUUGAGCAUUCUAAAUUAUACAAAGGUCCUUACUCUGAACUAAAGCAAAUAUUUUUGCAAAGUUUAUCAAAUGCUGCCCUUGAGGAAUCUACAAUUAGCGUUGGAAUUAUUUCUGGAAUCAUAUGCGUGUCUUUUGUUUUGCUUUUGGGAAUAUUAGCCUUUAUAUUGUGGAGGAAAUAUUUUCAAGCUGCUUACUACUAUCUUGACGAUCCACCUCGCAAACGAACAACUUCAGAAACAUCUAAAACCUUUGGAAUCAAUGAUAGCACUUCUGUACAUGUCUCAGUGUGGCCAGAUCAUGUUUGUAGUCUUCAUGCUGAUGGUGACAUAGGUUUUUCUAAGGAAUAUGAGGCUAUUCAACAGUCUACGGAUUUGGAACUUUCUUCUGAAUGUUCUCAGCUGGUUGAAAACAAAAAUAAAAACAGAUAUGUUAAUAUUGUUGCUUACGAUCACAGCCGAGUUGUGUUGAAAACUCUGCCUGGGCAGAAAAAAAUAGCUGAUUACAUAAAUGCCAACUAUAUUGAUGGUUACAAUGAGCCAAAUGCGUAUAUAGGUACUCAAGGACCUUUACCAUCAACAUUUGAUGAUUACUGGAGAAUGAUUUGGGAGCAGAAGGUGUAUAUAAUAAUCAUGAUAACAAAUCUUGUUGAAAGGGGUAGGAGAAAAUGUGAUAUGUACUGGCCAAAAGAAGGAAGUGAAAUUUUUGGAAUAAUUCAAGUGAAACUUAUACAAGAAGUUGAGUUAGCUACAUACACUAUUCGCACAUUUCUUAUUCGAAAUUUGAAAGUUAAGAAAAAAACUUCAUCCGAAAGAACUGUGUAUCAGUAUCAUUACACGAACUGGCCUGAUCAUGGAGUUCCUGAGCAUCCCUUGCCAGUUUUAAGUUUUAUACGAAAAUCAGCUUCGGCUAAUCCUUCAGAUGGAGGACCUAUCAUAGUCCAUUGCAGUGCUGGUGUUGGAAGAACAGGAACAUACAUUGUAAUUGAUGCCAUGCUGAAGCAGACAAAGCACAAACAAAGUCUCAAUGUUCCUGCAUUUUUAAAGCACAUUCGGCAGCAAAGAAAUUUUCUUGUUCAAACUGAGGAGCAAUAUAUUUUCAUUCAUGACACGUUACUGGAAGCAAUUGAAAGUGGAGAAACUGAAACUCCUGUUACAGAAUUUUCUCAGUAUGUCCAAAACUUGCAAGUCAUCGAUCAAGAUCAAGAAAAUCAGAAGGCGGUAUUAAGUCUAUUGGAGAAGCAGUUCAAACUAGUCACGGGUUUCAAGGCAAAAGAUUUUGGUGUUGUCUCUGCCACCAAAGUUUGUAACAGGGGAAAGAAUCGUAAUAUAAAUAUUAUCCCUGUAGAAUCUCACAGAGUGCACAUUACACCUAAACCUGGCAAAGAUGGAUCAGAUUAUAUCAAUGCAAGUUUCUUGCAGGGUUUUCACAAGUUGAAUGAAUUUAUUAUCACACAACAUCCGACCUUUGAUACCAUAUCAGAUUUCUGGCAAAUGGUUUGGGAUCAUAAUUGCCAAACUAUUGUGUUACUAUCCUUUGUAGAUGAAAAGGAAUAUCCAUGCUUUUGGCCUGAAAAAGACAAAGAAAGUGAUUUUGGGACUUUCAAAGUAAAAAUUAGUGAAGAAUGUAGUCAAGACUGUUUUACUACUCGGGACUUUAUACUUCAGUCCAUGCAGGAUGAUUAUGAAGUUAUAUGUCGAAUAAUUGAAUGUUCAGGGUGGCCAGAAUGCUGUUCGCCUCUUAGUUCUGUGUAUGAUCUAGUCCAUUUAGUGCAAGAAUGGCAUUUAGAAUAUCAAAAUGGACCGAUGGUUGUUGUUGAUAGGUUUGGUGGUACAGAAGCUGCCACCUUUUGCUGCCUAAGUACACUUCAAAAACAAUUAGAAUUUGAAAAUUCUGUUGAUGUUUAUAUGUAUGCUAAGUUAUAUCAUCUGCGAAGGCCUGGGAUUUGGCAAACACAAGAUGAUUAUUAUUUUUUGUAUCAGGCAGUGGAAAAGAGUUUAUUAGCAAGGCAUGAUACUACCGUAUCGCAUUUUAAUAGUCCUGUUAGUAAUGGUCAUGCUCUUCCAUUCAAAGAAGAACCAGUUAUCUGAAGUUUUCCUCUCACUAUGUAAAUAAGCAAUCUUUGACUGUGUGUUUUGUGUGCCUCAUACCAAGUGGCAAUCAGGACUGCAAAACCUCACUAUUUUUUAAGUGGAGGUUAGUUUCUAAUGUUAGUAAUAUGUUGUUGUGUGAUAUGAGGUAUUUUCUAAACAAAACUAGGUAGCAAAAAGUGACAAUCUCGUGAAUUUGAUGAAUUUCGUCAGGGUAAAAGACAUUUUAGCAUUAUUUUUCAUUCGUGGAUAAUAUUUGUAUGUCACUAAAUAAACUUCUGAACAGAUUAAAAAAAAUGGAAUUUCGAAAUUUUUAUAUCUGUUUCGUUUUUUUUUUUUUUCUUUUCUUAAAAAUUUCAAGCAAUACUUUAUAUUUUCUUCAUCAAAUUCUGUGAUUGUAUUAUUACAUAUUAGGUAAAAUUUUCAUGAAACUGCAUUAUGUAAUACAUUGUUUAAAUUGAAAACAUAGUUCUUGUAAUAGUCUUUUGAGCCUGUUGCUGUUUAAUUGCAUUUAUUGUUUCAAUACAUUCCUAACAUUGUAUAUAAAGAUAUCUCUUGUAAAGACUAUUGCUAGAAAGCAACAAAGUUUCGGUUGCUUUAAGUUAAAUAUUUUAGAAUUAAAUUAAAAAUUAAGCCUGUUUUUGCAGUUUUUGUAUUUACCAAUGGCUUAAAAGAAUUCGGUGAACAGUUAUCAAACUAAAAUUGCAUUUUAAAGACAUUCUUUGUAUUUGUAAUAUUUUGAGAGAUGAUCUUUUCAAUGCAUUUCUGUUUGUUAUUUAAAUAUUAUUUUUGUAAUACAACUGCAGUUUAUAACUCCAAACUUUUGGAUUAACGAUUGGUUAGCAUCUAACUGCAUUUUAUUAGAAAAAUUUUAAAGCAUCUACAUAUAUUACUUGUAUGUAAGUUAACUUGCUAUAAAUACCUAAGAUUUAUUAUUGAAAACAAAACAGAUUCUUGUUAUUAAGAAAAUAUCUUAUCUUUAUAAAGAAUUAAACUUUUUCUUCAAAUCUUGCAGAAGUUGCAGACACUUUUGUAAACAUUACGUUCAUAAUUGUAAACAUUAAGUUUUUUUUUUUUUUUUUUUUUUUUUUUUUUUUUUUUACACAAAUAACCACCCCUCUAGUGUUCUACGGUUUUCAGAUUUCUUCCAAUGCAUAAAACUUAUUUCUUUCAAAAAUUACUGAUUACUUAACAAAAUCAAUGUUAUCAAUUUUUUUUCAAGAAAAUGUUAUCGGUUAAUUCGUAAAUUUAAUUUAAAUUUUCAUAUUACUUCCUUCUAAAGUUUUAAAUUAAUAAUAAUGAGAAUAAUGAUCUCCCAUAAUCUGAAUAAUGAGAAUAUUUGAUCUGCCAUGUGAUGAAAUAAAAUUUCUUUGUAGUACAUUUUAGUACAUUUAAUAAUAUAGAAAACGUUUUGAUUUUUUGCCAGAAUUUUAAUGAAAAUAUUGAGCAUUUAUAAAUUUUCUAUACAUACCAAUCUGCCAACUUUUAUAUAUAUCAUGCAUAAAAAGAAUAAAUAAUUUUUGCUUUAUUUUAUGGAUUUACUAAUGAGUCUAAUUUUCUAAACGUUUCAAAAUUAUUUUUUAUUUGAAUUAGGAUUUAUUAAAUGGAAAAAUAGAAAGAAAUAGAAUGAGGUAGCUUUGCACUGCCUAAAGUUCCUUGCUUUGAUAUUCACUGACCAUUUUACGCCUUCACAGGUUGUCUUUUAUGUUGCUUAUUUGGUAGAGCAAAGCUAAUUGCAUGGAUGUCCAGUUUUAUAUUGAAGAAUGAAAAGGAGUUUUGAUCGUUGUGGACUGAAUGAUGAUGCAAAAAAAUGGUUUGAGUAAGCGAGUGAAAUAUGUAUGAAAAAAAGCACUAAAAGUUUUGUUAAUGUUAGUUUCAAAAUUUAAAAUAAAUUAUAAAAAUUAUAAAAAAGCAAAAAAGUUGAAUGAUACAAAACUUGUUAUAUUAUUAUACGUUUAGUAGUGAUAAAAAUUAAUUAUGUCUGUUUCAUAAAAUUCGAAAUUCCAUGAAAUUCAGCUCAACAACAAUGUCGUAAAAUAAUUUUAAAAUGAGCAAAUUUUUAGAAUUUUCGAUACACAGUUCCGCGCGCUGGAGAUAAAAAGGUCCCAUCCCCCGUAGAGUGUUGCCAUUGCUUGCUUUUAAA